CUUUUUUGCAAGGGCCUGUCUUUUUUCAACCAGCUUGUAUUGCUUGUCAAGAAUUUUCAUGUUGACUCUUGGAAACCUGCUGCAGAGUCUUCCCUGUUUACUAAACAGUCCUGUUGCCUUCUUCCUUUAGCAGUUUCUUUUUUGAACAGCACACGGAGGGAACUGCUCGCACUGCUGCCGCUGCUCCAGCUGCGUGUGUUGAAGUUCAUGAGUUCGCCCAGCCUCAGUGAUCUGGGCAAGAGAGAGCAGGCAGCCUUGGAUGAGCGGGGGACCCAGCAGCGCCGGGCCUGCUCCAACGCUACCUGGAACAGUAUCCACAAUGGAGUGAUAGCGGUAUUCCAGCGUAAGGGUCUCCCAGACCAUGAACUGUACAACCUCAAUGAAGGAGUCAGGCAAUUACUGAAAACAGAACUGGGAUCAUUUUUCACUGAGUAUCUGCAGAAUCAGCUGCUCACAAAAGGCAUGGUGAUCCUAAGGGACAAGAUCCGGUUCUAUGAAGGGCAGAAACUACUGGAUACCUUAGCUGAAACCUGGGAUUUUUUCUUCAGUGAUGUCCUGCCCAUGCUGCAGGCUAUUUUCUAUCCUGUGCAGGGAAAGGAGCCGUCUGUUCGGCAAUUGGCUCUUCUGCAUUUUAGGAAUAUAAUUACCCUCAAUAUAAAAUUGGAAGAUGCAUUAUCCCGUUCUAGAGCCAGAGUUCCACCAUCUAUUAUUCAGAUGCUGUUAAUACUUCAGCCCCCACCUUCCAGAAGCUUCUUGAAACUGCUGGCUGAUUGCGACACAAUGACAGCAGUAUGGGAGUCUGAUGGAAACUAGUGUUUCCAUCAGGAGAGGAGCCUCAGGGAAAAGCUGGUGCAUGUAGCAUGAAAUGUGUAAUGAGGCAUCAAGGAAUUCACAGUGAUUGAACCAUGACCCCAGCUGCGAGACUCCACACCAGACAGUCCCAUUGCAAAAACCUUCUUCACAGG